GUUUUAGGGUUGUUAGUACAGUCGAAAGUCAUUAAUGCGAUGCGAAAUAUCAUUUUACAUGAAAUGCAUGUUUGGUCCUGUGAGUCCUUUGUUGUUGUAUUUAACAAGCUGAUUAUUGGUUAACAUGAAAGGACACAACACAGAAGAAUAAAAUCAUUCAUUUUGAGAAAUGCUAUUUUCUUCCUCCGUUAGAGGUAGCAGAUGGGCAAAUAAACAAAAUAGUAAAAAUAAAAUUGUUAAUUUUUAAGAUUGUUUUAUUUGGUUCAUAAUAGUAAUGUUUGCUUACAUUACUGUAGUACAUAACAUGUAUUAAUAAUACGUAACAAAUUAUUAUAAUAAUGUGUCGGAUGAAACAAAAUUCAAAUAUAUUUUUACAGCUUUUUCACCGUUUGUUUCAUUCGUCUGUCGCCUUUCAUUUCAAAGAUUUUUAAUAUCAGUCAGUCAUCCUCUGUAUCUAAACUAUGUUGCAAUUUCUACAAAUGACAUUCUUAAUACAUUUUUAUUAACAAAAACAGUCUUAAAAUUCUUCUUCUCUGAGUGCUUAUUGCUGUCUUUUUUAUUCUUUUCUCUUUCAUUUAAAAUUAAAAAAGUUUUAUUUAAACGUUUUUAGAAUGAUAAAGUUGCUUUAAAGAAUGAGAAGCCGCUAUCAAUGAUUUUUUUAAAAAACCAAUUAUCACUUUUUAUCAAGUAUUCCAUCUACUAUUACCAAUAAUUUCCAGAAUGAAGCAUUUAGACCUAUCAAAUACGCUCUGAAAUUUUAGAUAGAAAAAAUUAAAACUAGACACAGAGAAAAAUGCUGGAACUGGUCAAUGAUAGCUUGUGAGGCUGUGUCUUUCCAACUAGAUUCAAAAAAAUUCUGAAUAUGUUUUUACAGCUUUUUUACAGUUUGUUUCAUUCGUCUGUCGCCUUUUUAAUUUUGUUAAAAGUUUUUUAAUUUUGAAAUCAUUCAGUCUUUCAUUAGACAUCCUGUAUUCGAUUCCUUUUUUUAAAAUGUUUUUUUCUUAUCUUUUUUAUCAUUUCAGAAGGUGCAAUAAAGUCUUGCCCUUAGCGUCUGCUGCAUACCAAGAAAACCUACCCACUCACUACACUGAGGAUUAUCAUGAAACUAGGCUUGCUCGCGCUUUACACAUAUUUAACAUCCACGCAAGGGGUCCGGCUGUGCCGAGAUUCGCUCAGAAGCUGAUGGAAGACUGCGAAAGGCUCUGGAAAAACGGACAUCAAAUGUGCGAAGUUCUCAGCCUUACUGGAAAUCAUUGCAUGAAUCCAAUUCAUAGAAGUGAUCAAGAUGAGGAGGAUGAUAAUGUUGAGGAUAAGUCUCUUCCCGUGAUGUCUCGUUGCAGUCAAGUGAAAAUAGUGUCUACAUGUGAAUGUGGAAGAAAGCAAGCCACCAGAGAGGACCCAUUCGAUAUUAAGGUCAGUCUUUUAACUUAAGGACUAGAGAAAGCUUUUAUUUAAUUUAAAGGAUCCUUAAAGUGAUGCUUGAAAAUACUAGGGAU